GGCCGCGCGGCGGGAAGAUGGCGGCCGCCAUGAAGGCGGGACUAGGGCGGCUGGGCCUGCGGGUGUGCGGGCAGGCUGCCGGGUCCGUGCUCCGCCCUGCUGGAGCAGCUCCAGCCUGUCUUGUUGUCCCCGUCAGAACCAAGAGGAGGUUUUCUGUCCCUGAAUGGGCCAGAGAACUGUCACCUGAAGAGAAGGAGAGGAGACUCAGGUCUUUGGGGCUGAUGUUUCCUGAUGAACGGAUAGAACGGACCUUCUACUUGGCCAGCACAGCUGAAAUUAUAGACCCUUAUGUCCCUCCUGAGGGCGAUGCCCGCUUGACUUCCCUGUCCAAAGAUGGGCUGAAGCAAAAGAUGCAGCAGCUGAAGCAGAGUGCAGCCUCCCAGCUGGCCCUGCGUAAGAUAAAAGAUCAUGAUCCAGAUUUCAGCACCAAAACCUUCCCUGAGAAGGCCCAGGAGAUAUUUAUUGAAGCUCACAACUGCCUGGCAAACUUUAACAAGCAGAAGCUUCACUCCCUGGUGACCGAGCGUUGCUACCCGGAGAUGGUCCGUGGGAACAGGUACCGGACCAUCCGGUGGAGCUUCCUGGAGUCCCUGGAGCCUCCCCGCGUGGUCCACGUCCGCUGCGACAGCGUCCUCAACCGCGGCAACCUGUACGGCCAGGUGACCGUGCGGAUGCACACCCGGCAGACUCUGGCCAUUUACGACCGCUUCGGGCGGCUGAUGUACGGCGGGGAGCAGGUCCCCAAGGAUGUUCUGGAGUAUGUGGUGUUUGAGAGGUACUUGGUCAACCCUUAUGGCACCUGGAGGAUGCAUGGGAAGAUUGUUCCGGAAUGGGCUCCACCCAAGGAGCCCAUCAUUAAGACGGUGAUGAUUCCUGGCCCAACCUUGGAUCCCUCACAAGAGCACAAAGAAGCAAAGUAGGAAAUUCCAGAGCCUGGCCAGAGGCAGCAGUGCCAACAGCCCUGGAGGGAAGUGGAGAACAUCUCUGGAUGCAGGGGGUUGGAUGUGGCUGUGUCUUCCCAGGGAGCAGCCCGCAAACAAAAUGGCUUCAGAAAGGGAGUCCAGCCACUAAGAAUUUGCUCAUUGCUCCUCUUUCCUUUAAAGAAGCAAGAGGGUCCUGGGAGGGGGAUUCAGAUGAGCUCUGAGAAGAGCUUGACUCUGUCCAAGUAGCCCUAAGUGUGCAGCUUCUUACCACUCUGUGUUUGUGAGGCUGGGCAGCCUGUUCCCUUCAGGCCAACCUCUGUCCUGAGCCUGGAUCCUGGGAGCCCUUGGCAGCAGAAAUCUAUCCAGGCAUGGAAUGUUGAAUACUCCCAUGGGAAAUGUCACAGACCUGGUGGGCUUUCAUUAAAACUUGCAGCAGUAGGUGUUGGCACUUUCUUUUCUACUGAUUCCCAGGCAUCUUUUUAUUUUAACAGAAAAGAGGGCAGAGCAGCAAGGACACUUCAAAUCAAAUUGUGCUGGGUGGGCCCUGCAAUCAGGCUCCUGCUGCUCUGGUGCUUGUUAGUGGCCCAGCUUCCCAAAGGGGCUGCAGCACAGCAAGGAUCACUGAAUAAAAGAUUUUUUGACUCCUCA